AUGGAUGCUGAGUACGUCUUAUGCAUCUGGAAAGACCAGUUAUGGCCAGCAAAGGUUUUAUCUAGAUCUGAGACAUCAUCGAAUGAUGAUGAAAAUGAGGCAUUUUCUGUAGAAGUUCAAAUACUCUCACUAGAUGAAAAAAUUAAAGUGGAAAGCACAAAAAUAAAGAACCUAAAUAAAUCUCAAAUUGAAGACAUUUAUUCCUCACUAGCAUCACAGUCUGAAGUCAGUGGUAUACCUAGAGAGGAAACAGCCUAUGAAAGAUCACUUAAAGUGGCACUGGAUAUUCUGGCUGAGAGAACAUGUUUUAGUCAAGCAACCACUUCAGGUGAAGAAGAGACCUGUAUACUGCCUCAGAAUGGACCACACAGGCGAUCUGAUUCACCCCCUCGGAAAAAGUAUCGGAAGUGUGCAGGGGACCUAGCAGAGAGUCUUGAGGAAAGUGAAAACCCAACACACCUGUUGGUAUCUUCACAGAGUGAUGAUUCUCUGUAUGAUGAUAAAUCCCAGGUACACAUAACUGAAAUGGAAACAAGGGCAGCACAAAACUCUAACUCGUGCCAAAAUUUCCCUGCAUUUUUCGAAGACGACGAUGAGAAAGAGAGCAAGGAAAAUAUCGAUAUCUCCACAGUUAUGUCCUUGUAUUCCACAGUCAAAGAAGAGGAAAAAUAUGUUAAAGAUGAAAAUUUUGUUCCAAUUUUGCCAUCAGAUAGCCUCACUGUGUUCAAAGCUUUGAAAGAGGAGCCAGAUGACACCUGGCCAGAGACCCUGGCUGCUUUCCCUGAGUGUUCUUCCUUCUCAGAGAAUACUGAGGAUCCAGGAGAAGGUCCCUCACAUGCACGUGUAGAUGUCAGCCAGAAUCAGCCUUCCAUAGAAUCAGAGAUAGGUGCUGUGACAUUGCCUGAAUGUGGUGCAGGAGAAUUCCAGGGUUUACUUAGUGCCUCUAGCCAUGUCCUAGAUCUUUUGAAUAGUGAAGGAAAUCUUGAGAGACUGGAUUUGGAGGACUUUGAAGGAGAACUUCAAGGCAAGUCAUUGCAUCUAAAAUCUCUAGAUACUUCUAUGUUAGAUGAAAGUGAGGAAGAUGAAGAACUGCCACGCUUCGUUUUUCAUUAUGAGCCACGUUCGUUUGAGACAGGAAUGAUAGUCUGGUUUAAAUAUCAAAAAUACCCAUUUUGGCCAGCAGUGGUUAAAAGCAUCAGGCGAAAAGAACGGAAAGCAAGUGUGCUUUUUGUUGAGGUGAGCAUGAGUCCUGAAAAGCGAGGCGUUAGAGUGCCCUUUAGAAGACUAAAGAAAUUUGACUGUAAAGAAAAACAGGCACUAGUAGAUAAAGCCAGGGAGAAUUAUAGUGAAAGUAUUGACUGGUGUCUAUCUCUCAUUUGUGACUACAGAGUUAGGAUAGGUUGUGGUUCUUUUGUGGGCUCUUUUUUUGAGUAUUAUGGUGCUGACAUCAGUUAUCCAAUUAGAAAAGAAAUGAAACGGGAUACCCUGAGGGAUAUUUUUCCAAAACUGCACAAUGAAGGGACUGUGAAGGCUUUGGUCGUGGCUUCCAAGACCAAGAAAGUGUCCUUCCAGAAAAUUCUGCCUGACCGAAUGAAGGCCGCUCGAGACCGAGCCAACAAGAAUCUAGUAGACUUCAUCGUGAAUGCAAAGGGAACAGAGAACCAUCUUCUGGCCAUUUUAAAAGGCAGGAAAAAGUCCAGGUGGCUGAAAUCAUUUUUGAAUGCUGAUAGAUUCAUGCCCUGUAUUGAAACCUACUUUGAAGAUGAAGAUCAGUUGGAUGAAGUGGUAAAUUAUUUACAAGAAAUCUACAGUCAAAUAGAUGAGGGGCUGCGGAGACGGAUAAGAAAUGACCAAGUCAAUUUUCUUAUGGAAGUUCUUCUGCCAGAAGCAAUCAUUUGUUCAAUCUCUGGUGUGGAUGGAUUAGAUUACAAAGAAGCUGAAGCAAAAUAUCUAAAAGGACCAUGCCUAGGCUACAGGGAAAGGGAAUUAUUUGAUGCAAAAAUCUUAUUUGAAAAGAGAAGGAAACCACCAACAAAUGAAUCUCAUUAA